UCUGGUUCAUGAGCUGAAGACUCAUCCUAGAACUCGAUCCUGUAAGCUAGAACUCGAUCCUGUUGUAAGCUCAGUAAGUUCCAGAGAAAUCAUCCAAGACACUUAUAAACAUGUCUUGCUGUGGCGGGAACUGCGGAUGUGGCUCGGGAUGCAAAUGCGGCAAGGGCUGCGGCGGAUGCGGUAUGUAUCCUGAUGUGGCCGAGAACAGCCGUGAGACCAUCGUCAGCGGCGUUGUCCCCGUAAAGAUGUACCAUGAAGUGUCCGAGAUGAGCUCUUCCGGAGCAGAGAACGGUGGCUGCAAGUGCGGAAGCAACUGCUCAUGUGAUCCCUGCAAGUGCUAAUGAGCAGCACGAUGUCCCCCCACACAAAGCAGACCCCGUUACUUGUUAUUAAGAAGCAUCGACUCGCGGUUCGGUGACCUAUCCAUAGAUCUAUAAUGAAGCAUAUGUAACCAGUAAAUAAAGCAGCCAUGGCGUCUACAGAUCCUUUUUCCGGGGCUUUGAAGAUGCUCUAAGGCUGUGUAAUAGCUUGUAAUUUCAUUUGCUUUGCUGUGGGUAUUAUCGUUUGAGAAGGAGAAGACUGAAUGCAUAGUUAUGAAGUUUACUACUAGUGCGUAUCUAUCUAAUCCUAUUGGCAUUCAAUCUGA